AUGGCGCCCUCCCAACUCGCCCAGCUCAAGAGCGCCCUCUCAAGCGCUGGCCUCAACCGCCAGUCACACUCCAAAAAGGAUAAAAAGGCCUUCAAGAAAGGCGGCGCUAGGGAGACAGACAGACAGAAAAAGAUUGACAAGCUCGACGAGAUCAGGAGAAACCUCAACAAGUUUGACGAGCGAGAGACAAAAGUCAAGCAUGAUGUGGGUGGGAGAAACCUCAAAGGAGUGACUGGACGACCGAGCUCGAGCAAACAAGCAGGCUUGGAACAGCGACGGAAAACGCUCUUGCCUGAGCAUCAACUCAAAGAUCAUCGGGGAACCUUCCAUGAUAGGCGAUUCGGAGAGAAUGACCCUUCCAUGUCCAUCGAAGACCGUAUGCUCGAGCGAUAUACCCGUGAACGUCAACGCGGUCAGGGCAAGAAAGGUCUAUUCAAUCUCGAAGACGACGAAGAGGAUCCGUUCGGGGGGCUUGACGAGGGAACCGCUCUUGGAGGCCUCACUCACGGUGGAAGGAGUGUCACGGACCUUCCUGGCGAUGAUUUCAUCGCCCAAGGCCUAGGUGAUGAUGACGACCCCGAUGAGGAUGUGGCCAAAGGAAGAAUUGACAAGCGACAAGUCAGCCAAGUCCACUUUGGAGGUUUUGAGCCUGCAGAUGAUUCUACUGAUCUUCCUGAAAAGAAAAAGUCAAAGCAAGAGGUCAUGGCGGAGAUUAUUGCCAAGUCUAAAGAGCAUAAACACGAACGUCAACAGCAGCGAGAAAUGGACGAUGAUCUUCGAGACCAGCUUGAUGAUGAGAUGGCCGAUCUUCAAAAACUUCUCGCCGAAGCUCCUAGCGCUCCAGACGCCUCCCACUUGAAUGUCAACCCGAGAAAUCGCCCUCCCGCGGCUACUGCCCCAGGUGCAGAGGCUAUCGACGAUGGGCAAUAUGACCAAGUCGUUCGAUCCCUGGCGUUCGAGGCACGAGCUAAGCCCAAAGACAGGACAAAGUCUGAGGAAGAGCUUGCCAAAGAAGAGCGUGACAGGCUGGAGCAGGCCGAGUCUAGACGUGUGAGGCGAAUGCGUGGCGAGAGCGUGUCUGAUGAUGAAGGGGCUGGAGAAGGGUCGCGCAAGAGGAAGAGGGAAAACGAAAAGCCAGAUGCGGAUGACUUGGAGGACGAUUACGUCGAAAAUGACUCUCUCCUUGGGCCCGGCCUGACGAGGGAGCAGAUUGAGGAUAUGGAGCUGUCGGGGGAGGGUUCGGGGAGUGAGGGUUCCCAAAGCGAUGGUGGUCUGGAAGAGGAUGGCUCAGAAGAGGAUGAUGAUUUAGAUGAUGACCUGGAUGGGAGUGACAUCGCCAUGGAAGAGGCAGGCUCUGAAUCCGAGAGUGGUUCCGGCGACGAGUCUGGUGUCCUGUCUUCAAAGCAGAAGGCGCGCAUCCCAAAACUCAGACGCGCGCCGGCAAGGAUUGAGGAGAUCCCAUACACCUUCAAAUGUCCACAAAGCAUAGAAGAAUUUGAAGAUAUUUUAGCCCCUUUGAAAGACGAUGCUUUACCUAUAGUGGUACAACGCAUACAAUCGUUGCACCAUCCCAGUUUGGCAGAGGGAAACAAGGAAAAACUCCAAAAUUUCCUCGGCGUGCUUAUAGACUACAUUCUCAUCUUUGCCUCGGAACCUUCACCAACUCUCAGACAAGUUGAGGCGCUUGCUCCUCAUAUCACCUAUCUUAUCAAGCUCAACCCAAUGUCUGCCGCUGGUCACUUUGUCAACAAGCUCAAUGUCAUGCAGAAGAACCUCGCCAGGGGCCUCGCUCAGGGUAACACUCGGGCUCAAGCUCGGACUUUCCCAGGACUGCCCGAGUUGUCUCUUCUGAGACUGGUCGGUACUUCUUGGUCGACAAGUGACUUCAGCCAUCCUGUUGUGGCUCCUGCGGUCUUGCUCAUGGGGCAAUAUAUAUCUCAGAGCAGAGUGCGAAAGUUGGGCGAUGUGGCAUCUGGCCUGUUUGUGUGUUCAUUGCUUAUCCAGUUUGAGGCUCGAUCCAAGAGAGUCCUUCCGGAGGUUGUCAACUUUGUGGCGUCAACAAUUUUGAUGCUGUUGCCUCGAAAGAAGGCUUCCAUCUCGGUUCAGACUUAUCCCGACAUCAGCGUCCCUUCGCUGUCUCUAUAUAUCAAGGAGAGCCCUUCGGAUUCCCUCACCACCCCUGUCAAUAUCGUCCCUAUCAUUGGCUCUACCGGAAGCGAAGACGGAGCUGAGCUGGAAUUGCAAAAGUGCAGUCUGCUGCUUGUGGCUCUUCGUCUGGUAGACAAGCUGGCGAGCCUGUACAUCGGCACCCCAGCAUUCACAGAGCUGAUGGCCCCCGUCAAGCAAGUGCUUGAGGGGUCACGUACCAGCACAUUGCCUGACGGGCUGAAGGGUGUCCACAAGGAGACUUUGAAGACCUUAUCUCGAACCGUCACCAACUCUUUGGUCUCUCGCCGUCCUCUUGCUCUUCAAGCCCACAAGCCUAUCCCCAUCGCUUCCCAUACACCCAAGUUUGAAGAAAACUACGCGAUCGGACAUCACUACGACCCUGAUGUUGAGCGCAAUGCCUCUGCCAAGCUAAAGGCGUUGUACAAGAAGGAACAGAAGGGUGCCAUGCGUGAACUCAGAAAGGACAACAAGUUCUUGGCGGGAGAGAAGGCAAGGGAGCAAAAGGCGAAGGAUGAAGAUUAUAACGCGAGGAUGCGAAAGCAGGAGGGCAGCAUUACUGCCGAGCGCGCCGAGGAGAAGGCCAUGGAGAGAGAGAAAGCCCGGGACAAGCGCAAGAGGGGAAAUUAA